CGAGAAACAUCCGGAAUAGAAGAACGUUUAGAAAAAGUUGAUAAUGAUACUUCAUCUCGCCGUCUCGUCGAAUGGAAGAUGACAGACAUUAGUGAUAAUGAAUAUACCAAUCAAUCCCAUUUGGGGAAGCCAGAACGAAUCGAGCUAGUAGACGUUAUAAUUUCAAUUCGAGUUGGAUUAUCAAUUCUUUGGGACUGCGAGACUAAUAAUUUGGAUUCCAUGGAAUUCUGGCGUCUAAUUCUAAUACGCAGGCAAAAGAUGGGCGGGCAAAAGAAGCAAACAGAUACCUUGAAGAAUGCGCACGAUGCAAAGGUUUACGCAUGA